CACGGAGUAUAAUCUAGAGCUUGGGACUAGAGUUUCUGGUAACCGAGUGUAAAACAGUGUGUCUGUAUAUAUAUAUAUAUAUAUAUACACACACACACACAGAUAAACUUGUUAAGCGCGCUUAGUUUUACACAUUUGUCUUUUGCUCGGCGGUCCUCCUGUAAUUUUUGAAAAUGAGACUGCUACUAGAUAAUUGAAUUACAAUUUUGUUUACGAUCUGUUGCAUAACUUAUUGAAUUGGAUAACGUAGGAAACUGAACUGAGUUCCCUCCCAAUACUUGCUUAAGGCGAGGACCCACGGACCCCUUAAUAUACAGCUAGAGGUACUUUGUUUUACCACAAUGUCUCAGAAAACCAUGAAGACCACCCAUUACAUUGAGCUGGGAAGUUAUCAGUACUGGCCUGUACUGGUGCCACGUGGGAUACGUCUGUACACUUAUGAACAGAUUCCAGUCUUCUUAAAAGAUAAUCCGUAUAUAACUGAUGGUUACAGGGCUUAUUUACCUUCCAGCCUUUGCCUAAAAAGUCUUUUCAUUCUGUCUAAUGAGACGGUGAAUAUUUGGAGCCAUCUCCUGGGUUUUUUCCUUUUUCUUUCAUUGGGUAUUUAUGACAUGGCUUAUGUGCUACCUUCAGUCAACGCCUCUAGGGAAGACUACGUCAUCUGUUCUGUUUGUCUUUUUUGCUUUCAGGUGUGCAUGCUGUGUUCUGUGGGCUAUCAUCUGUUCAGCUGUCACCGGUCUGAGAAAACAAGUCGUCGCUGGAUGGCAUUGGACUAUGCUGGUAUCUCCACUGGAAUAUUGGGAUGUUAUGUUUCUGGUGUAUUCUAUGCAUUUUACUGUCAUAAUUACUGGCGUCAAGUUUACCUGAUCACUGUGCUUGCCAUGGUUUUGGCUGUGUUCUUUGCCCAGAUUCAUCCUCAUUACCUCACUCAGCAGUGGCACAGGGUACGCUGUGUCAUCUUUUGCUCAGUCUCUAUAUAUGGAAUUGUCCCAACUAUUCACUGGAUUUGGCUGAAUGGAGGCAUUAGUUCACAUGUUGUACAGGAGUUUGUGCCUCGUGUUGUGGUGUUGUAUUUAAUUGCUGCUUUUGCAUUUGUUUUCUAUAUCUCCAAAGUUCCAGAAAGGUAUUUCCCAGGGCAGUUAAACUACCUUGGAUCUAGCCAUCAAAUUUGGCAUGCACUGGUAUUGUUAAUGCUUUAUUGGUGGCAUCGUUCAACAGUGCAUAUAAUACAAUACCAACACAGACAGCCUUGUCCAGAGUUUGUAAGCAGCUUCUAACAAAGUAGCAUCAGGUUUGUCCAGUGCUCCAAACAUCUGUGUCGUCUUAUCUCUCAAAAGUGCCUUUACUGGACUUCAAAGCACAUGCUAGCCUAAAUAUAUAGAAUCACUUCAUAGCUUUUGCGCUCCCAUGUUGACAAAAUCAAUUUGCUUGUUGCUUUACAUAUAUGCUUUCAAGUGUAUCUGAGGUAAAGAAUGGUGAGCAUAUUUUAUUUAUUAUUAUUCAAAAAAAACAUACGACUAAGUAAAUUGUUCAGCAGUAGGGAAGUAAGUAAGCUAAUAACCAUUGCUAUGUUAAAGAGAAUGAGAACAAAUGAUAAUGGAAUACUUUUAUUAUAAUUUUUUAUAAUUAUGUUUCACUAUUUAUGGCUGUAAGUGACAAGCAGUCACAAAGAAAUAACUGAUGUAAGGAUUUUUCUGAAAAUUGUAUCAACUAUGUAAGUUUAGCAGUGUGUUGUUUUCUAGUAUUAAAUUACAAGUUUAAUUCCUGCUUAUGGAAUUCUUCAAAAAUAGAGAUUGCUACUUCUUCUUGCUAUAGAAAAUAAGUUAUUUGGUAUGCUCUACUCCACCUCUGACAUCAGGCCCCCUAAGACCCACGUAGUGCAUUUAUUAUUAUAAACCCUCUUCAGGGGGCAACUGUUGGGUAGAAGGCUGUGUUUAUGGCUGAAGAGGAGUUUCUUGAAUAGCCUGGCAUUAUGGUGUGCAUGCAUGCAUUAUUUGUACAAGCAGUAGCAGAUUAAAUAUUUAUAAGCCCACCUGUUACUGACCCCCCCCCCCCUCAUAUCUUCAUCAAGGUGGCUAUGUGGUGGCGGGGCAUACAUCUCUUCAGUCCUCCCCAAACACAUGGAUUACUAGAUUUGAAGGUAGACCUCCUACCCUCAUCAUAACUCCUGCUUGCAAGAAGCCUAAAGAGUGGCACAUGCACACCACUGUAGAGCAGAAUAUGAUUAGCCAGCCUGACUGAAUAUCUCCAUCACAAAAAGUGUCUUAUAUUUUCAGAGGGUUUCAGCAAGCUUCCUACAAUCAUUUGAUCUAACUUUAUUUUUGUCUUUGCUAUCAGUAAAGGUAAACUUUAGUGGAUGUUGAUUCAUGUGAGCUUCCAGAGUGUAAUUGCUGCCUUGAGUGUAACCUACUUGAUGCUGUUCAGUGGUGAAUUGUGAAGAUGUACUUUUUUUUUUUUUUUUGGUCAAAGGAGCUUUACAGUGUAGUUGCUGACAAGAGUCAUAUUUUGUUGUCCUUGGACCAGAUUAGAAUAUUUACUGAUGGAAUGGUGUGUCUGGACACAUUUAUCCUAGAUGACAUAUAUUCCUUUAUACAUUGGACAGCUUUUAGACCAUUCUAAGGUUUGCCUUCUUUCUUGAUUUAGUUUACAGACAUUUUAAAACUUAACGUUUACUUGCACAUUACGUCAUUUCUAGGCCAGACACUUGGCAACUGUAAAUUGCAUUUUGAAGUAUUUUGGAAGAGUAGCAGCCUGGAGCAGCAGAUGCAGCAAUAAUAGGUAAAGGUGUAGGUAAAAGUGCUGAAUAAGGGGAAUAAAGAUGGCUUUUCAGCAGGACAUAGAUUCUUUUCGUGCCAUAUACAUAUAAAAUUUGUUUUCAAGUUAUUGUACAAAUAACUUGAGGAUAGCUAUGCUGAUGUGAUUGCUUUUUUUUUUUUUUUUUCCUUAAGGUUAGACUUGGCCUUGUCAAUUUGCUUUAUGUUAUAAUCUGACAACCCUUUAAUGGGCACCAGUGGUAGCACCUUGUUUUAUUUCCUUCAGAUAAUAUUGCAGUUGUUUUUGAUUUUUAUACAUCUUAAACUUGAGCAGGAACUUGUGAAGCUUUUCUUAGGAAAGAAUCUGUUCAAAAUGUAUUGCCUCUCCCAUGUCAGAUAGGGAAGGUAUCCAGAAUUUUGGCAGUAAAUACUAAAUUUAGUACAAGUACACUUGAGAAGGUUAAUCUGUGAGAAACUACUGAACUGUAUCAUGUAGGCACAAAUUCAAAUUUCUAACUCUUCAGUUGCAUACUGCUUGGCUGAACAAGUCACUGAUCCAUCCUAGUCUUCUGGGUCACCUAGUGGGUUUUUGUUUAAAAAUAGUAGAAACAGAGACCCUGUAAUUUAGCUUAGUUUAUACAUUAGAUGAAAGAUAAUGUUAUAGCAAAUUGACAGUAGUUUGCUUUGCCUGGUAAGAGGAAAUCUGAACUAAAGGCAACAUAUUUUUAUCUGUUAGUGCUGAAUAUGUACCGAAGGAAAGGACAGUGUAUACAGAUGUCAUUCUUAAAAAUACAGUGACAUGAGUAAAGUUAACCUGAAAAUCAGAAUCCCACUGGCAUAGGUGAUAUACCCCUGAUUUAUGGGUAUAGUCAUUUAAGAGACAUAUCAGAAUUUUUCCCAUCAAAACUCAGAACUUGUCUAGCCAACUGUGUGGGUAUAGAGAGACAAAUACUAGAUGAUCUGGGUUUGCUAAUAGUGUCUCUGUUGGAAUUGACCGUUGGGGGGGGGGGGGCAAGUCACGGAUUGCAGUGAUCCCUCAGAAGAAGGUUAGUAGAUGCAAAUAUGACCUGAAUAUAUUCAGCUUACCAUUCUUCUUUCUGGUGAUACUGUUAGGAUGCGUGUUGUGGCCCCACUGGUUAUGCAAGUCAUUGAAAGGUUUAGUGUGCCAUUGCUUGGAUGGCAGUCAGGGUUAGCUGUUGCCCAUGCUAGGAAUUACCUGGUAAAGGAAACAAAAGUAAAAAGCUUAUAGAAAAAAAUCUCAGAAUGUCAUCUGCAUUAGAGUUUUUUUCUAACUUUUGUACGUACUGCUAAUUUUUGAACUACUGCUGGAGAUUGAGACUGUAGUACUGCAUAGCCAGUUGCAUAAGAAAUAAUAAAUAGUUAAAUCCCUAUUAUACAAAACAUUUCAUAGUUGUAUUGGUUAUAGAAAAUACAAUUGAAAUGUACUUGAUGCAUUGUAGCAUCUAACGUGGUGUCAAAUUUAUUUGGAAUGCUUCGUGUAAAAAGUGUAGAUAAUACUGUACUGUAUUGUAUGGUUUUCCUAUGAUGUUGUAUUGUAUUGAUGUUUAUCUUAUGUUGAUCUUACCGUGCAAGGUUACAACAGCUCAUUUCUUUGUUCUGUACUUAAAUUGUAUUUAUUGUACUAACUCUUGUAUGAAUGUAACCAUAUAACUGAAUGGAAUGCCUUACAACUGUAUUGUAUAUUUUUCACAUACUGUUGUAUUAUAGUGUAUGUGUACCCUAUGCUUAUUUUACUGUAUUAUCAUAUAACAGCUUGUUUCUUUUGUUCUGUAUUUUAAUAGCUUGUAUUUAUUGCAUUUACUGUAGUAACCUUUUUGAGAUUUUCUCCCUGGGUCUCCACUGAAAAUGGGAUUCGUGCCCAGUCGGACUCUCCUAGUAAACAAAUGUAAAAUAAAUAAAUGAAUAAAUACUUCAGCAGACUGGCACAGUAUGAUCCAGAUUAUCCAAAAACCUUCAUUAUAAUAGUCUCACAUUAUUAUAGUGUACUGACUGCACACACUUUGUAUAUUGCAGUUCUGUUUCCAGUACCAUUGACACCUACCAAUAAACCUCAGAAAAAUAAAUGA